UUUUUUCAUUUCAGAAGAAAAGGGAUUGAUAAAAAUGUUAAUUAUAUGUUUAUCGAGAAACCACUCUUCUGCUCUGCUAGGAAACCUCCUUGUUUGUUUCUAGAUUUUUUAUUUUCAGAAGAUUGGUGGGCUUUUCUUUGCUUUUAAGCUAUUUUUGUCUUCUCAGCUGAUUCAGAAAUAUAAAAAAAAGGUGUGUGAGAGAGAGAGAGAGAGAGAGAGGAGAAAACUAGGAUAAAAUAUUUAUUUGGUAACUACUUACUUGUGAAGGACUAUGAGGAAAUAUGUGAAUUCCCACUCAGGAAGGGCGUUUGGUGAUAGAAUAUGGAUUAUUCCAUUCUUUGCUAGCUUGCUCAUAUUCAUUACAUUGUUUAUGACGGCCAUGUUUGGGCUGUUUAGCUCUCCCAGUGGUGGAGAGCAAUUGCCAUUUGACAUUAUCUCGUUCUCGAAGUCAGAGGACUCAAGUGGGUAUUUUGUCGAAGCGGAUUUGAAAAGAUCAUUGGAGAGGAAUGGGGCUUCGGAAAUGGGGUUGCCUAGACUAGCAUAUCUUAUUUCAGGUACAAAGGGUGAUAGUCAUAGAAUGAUGAGAACCUUGCAGGCUGUAUAUCAUCCUAGAAAUCAGUAUGUACUGCAUUUGGAUCUUGAGGCUCCGCCUCGUGAAAGGUUGGAAUUGGCGGCUUCAGUGAAGGCUGAUCCAACAUUCCGUGAAGUGGACAACGUGCGGGUCAUGGCUCAAUCGAACUUAGUAACUUACAAAGGUCCUACUAUGAUUGCUUGUACACUGCAAGCGAUUUCUAUUCUGUUGAAGGAGAGCUCGGAAUGGGACUGGUUUAUAAACCUCAGUGCCUCAGAUUAUCCUUUGGUGACACAAGAUGAUUUGCUUUAUGUUUUCUCCAAUUUGUCCAGAAAUCUCAACUUCAUUGAACAUAUGCAGAUUACUGGGUGGAAACUGAACCAGAGAGCCAAACCGAUCAUAAUUGAUCCCGGCCUGUACUUAUCCAAAAAGUCUGACAUUGCAUGGACCACUCAACGCCGCUCACUUCCCACAUCAUUUAAGUUAUUUACUGGUUCAGCGUGGGUAAUGCUAACGCGACAGUUCGUGGAAUAUUGUAUAUGGGGAUGGGAUAACCUGCCAAGAACUAUUCUCAUGUACUACACAAACUUUAUAUCCUCUCCUGAAGGCUAUUUCCACACUGUGAUUUGCAACACUCAGGAAUUUCGUCACACCGCAAUAAGCCACGAUCUCCACUUCAUUGCUUGGGACAAUCCUCCAAAGCAGCAUCCCAUCUCAUUGUCAAUGAAGGACUUUGACAAAAUGGUUAAAAGCAAAGCCCCAUUUGCUAGAAAAUUUGCAAAGGAUGAUCCUGUCUUGGACAAAAUCGACAGAGAGCUUCUUGGUAGAACAAACCGUUUUGCUCCUGGAGCGUGGUGUGUUGGGAGCUCCGCAAAUGGGGCUGACCCGUGUUCUGUCCGGGGCAAUGAUUCAGUUUUCAGUCCAGGUCCCCGUGCCGAGAGGUUGCAAGAGCUGUUUCAGACUCUCUUGUCUGAAGAAUUUCGGAAGAAGCAAUGCGCAUGAAUCAAUAGAAGGUCAUUAG